AUGGAAGUGGUGACCACUCAAGCGGAAGAAUACCAGAAAAGUUUCAAAACAAAUGUGUUUAUCGCUGUGUUUAUGACCACUCACGCCCGCUUAAAGUUGUAUGAAGCCUUGGAAACAUUACAGGAACGGGUUCUCUACUACCAUACUGACUCCAUCAUCUAUCGUUGGCGCCCGGGUCAAACAGAAAUCCCACUCGGUUCCUUUCUCGGGCAAUUCACAGACGAACUGGAAGGAGACCCUAUCGUUGAAUUUGUCAGUGGAAGUACAAAGAAUUAUGGCUAUUUGACCCAGUCUGGACACACAGAAUGCAAAGUGCGUGGAUUUUCCCUCAAUUACAGAACGAAGCAGAAGCUGAACUAUGAAACCAUGAAACAGAAAGAAAAUUUGAAAGAGUUGGACGACCUGCGGGAGAUACGUCAGCAAAUGGACAUUGUGGAUAAGAACUUUUUUGACUGGGAUCAAACAACUAAAUGUAUUCAUCUAAUUGGAAGAAUCAAGCGGUAUGGCUUAGUUUUUGAAAAGUGUGUGAUUGAUCGUAGCACACGCAAAUCUUAUCUUUAUGGCUACUGCCGCAUUUUAGAU